GGAGACGUGGAGAUGCUGGAAGACGAGCAGAUGCUGGAAGCCCUGGAGAUGCUGGAAGACCUGGAGGUGUAGGAAGACAUGGAUUUUUGGAAGACGUGGCUUAGUUGGAAGACAUAGGUUUUCUGGAAGACAUGGCCAUAUUGGAAGAUGUUGAUUUUCUGGAAGACGUGGUUUUGCUGGAAGACAUAGAUUUUCUGGAAGACAAAGCUUUGUUGGAAGACGUACCUUUGUUGGAAGACAUAGGUAUGCUGGAAGACAUAAAUUUGAUGGAAGACAUGGCUUUGUUGGAAGACGUGGAUUUGCUGGAAGAUACGGAUUUCCUGGAAGAUGUGGAUUUCCCGGAAGCUAUGGAUUUGAUGGAAGACGUAGAUUUUCUGGAAGACAUGGAUAGGCUGGAAGACCUGGAUAUCAUUGGAAGAUGUAGAUUUUCUGGAAGAUAUGGCUUUUGUGGAAGGUAUGGAUUUUCAGGAAGACCCGAAUUGUCUGGAAGACCUGGAUUAUUUGGAAGACAUGGAUUUUCUGGAAGACUGGGAAGUUACUGGAAGACAUGGGGUUUCUGGAAGACAUGGAUCUUCAGGAAGACAUAUAUUGACUGGAAGACUUGGAGGUUAUUGGAAGACAUGACUUUUCUGGAAGACGUGGCUUUAUUGGAAGACCUGGAUUUAGUGGAAGACAUAGAUUUCUUGGAAGACCUGGAUUUGGUGGAAGACGUAGCUUUUCUGGAAGACAUGGACUGACUGGAAGACCUGGAUUUCUUUCCAGAAGACAUUGAUUACUGGAUUCACUGGAAGACUUGGAGAUUCUUGGAAGACAUGGGUUGUCUGGAAGAUGUGGAUUUUCUGGAAGAGCAGGAUUGUCUGGAAGACCUUGAGGUUGUUGGAAGACUUGGAGUUUCUGGAAGACUUGGAGUUGUUGGAAGACCUUGACACUGGCGCCAUUGGAAACCCUGG